CUUCACCACUCACCCUUCAACUGUCGUACUGGUUUCUGAUUCCUCCACUUCCUCAUUCAUUGCAGGCUGCAAUGCCUCCCCGCAAGGCAACCAAGAAGGCCGCUGCGCCGCUUGACGGCUACAUUGUGGCCAUCAGUGGCUCAAUCUCCGGCACCACCCAAUCCGCUCUGCAGGACCGUAUCACCUCGCUAGGCGGGACUUUCGCAAAAACGGUCAAUUCCAACACGUUCUACGUUAUCGCGACAGAGAAAGAGGUCGAGAAGAAUACGACCAAGGUUAAAGCAGCGAUAGCCAAUGACGUGCCCAUCGUCAGUAUCGAUUGGCUUGACGAUUGCGAAUCAUCCAAUGCCCUGGCAGACCACACGGCGUACCUUCUCUCGCCUGCUGCCGGCCAGAAACAGUCCAAUGGCUCAAAGAAGCGGGCCGCUUCACCCAGUCUCUCUCAAGCUGCAGCUCCGGUGGCCUCACAACCGCCGAAGAAGCAGAAGAAGAGCGAGGCACCCAAGCCCGAGGCCAAGAUUGGUGACGGCCAGAACGCGAAGUCUUCCAGGAUUCUAAUCCCUCUGGACGAGUACUGCCCCCUCUCCGACUAUCAGGUACACGUCGAUGGCGAUGGCAUGAUCUGGGAUGCGUCGUUGAAUCAGACCAAUGCGACCGCGAACAACAACAAGUUCUAUCGCAUUCAGCUUCUGCGCCACCCUGCGCGCAUGGAGUACAAGACUUGGACCCGAUGGGGCCGUGUCGGCGAGCGAGGUCAGAACGCUAUUCUGGGCAACGGCUCACUGGAUGACGCUAUCAAAAAAUUCGAGGCGAAGUUCCUGGGAAAGUCUGGCCUGAAGUGGGCUGACCGUGCGGAGAACCCGAAGACUGGCAAAUAUGCUUACAUCGAGAAGAGCUACAAUCCAGACUCCGAAGACGAGGAGCAAAAUGAUGACGAUGGGCAAGUCGCUGACGCGAAGGGUGAAGCCAGGCGCGGCUCUGUUAAAUGCGCCCUUGACCCCCCCUCGCAGCAGCUCAUGCAGCUGAUCUUCAACCAGCAAUACUUUGCUGCUACCAUGACGGCUCUGAACUACGACGCGAACAAGCUGCCCCUCGGCAAGCUCAGCAAGGCCACCAUCAACCGCGGCUUCCAGGCCCUAAAAGAUCUGGGAGCCCUACUGGACGAUCACACGCUGGCUUCAUCGGAAUACGGGAUGUCCGUUCCGGACGCCACAGAGCAACUCUCGAACCGCUACUACUCGCUCAUUCCUCAUGCGUUCGGCCGUAAUCGUCCCCCAGUCAUACGGAGCAAUGAUGUCCUUAGGAAGGAAAUCGAGCUACUCGAGAGCUUGGGCGACAUGAAGGACGCAGCUGCGUUGAUGAAGAGCAACCUCAAGGACGAUAGCGACAUCCAUCCUCUCGAUCGCCAGUUCCAGGGUCUGGGUCUGGACGAGAUGGAAGUUCUGGACCCGAGGAGCCAAGAGUUUACCGAGCUGUCUGACUAUCUCAUCAACAGCAAGGGUGACACUCACUACAUGAACUACUCGGUCGAGAAUAUCUUCCGCAUCAGCCGCAAAGGAGAGGUUGAGCGCUUUGAGCAGAGCCCCUACGCCAAGGUCCCGAGCAAUCGUCGCCUUUUAUGGCAUGGUUCCCGUGUCACCAAUUUCGGUGGUAUCCUAGGCCAGGGUCUGAGGAUCGCUCCGCCGGAAGCCCCCGUUUCUGGCUACAUGUUCGGCAAGGGCAUAUAUCUGGCGGAUAUGUCCUCGAAGUCCGCCAACUACUGCUGCUCUCACAACUCGGGUGGUACGGCUCUACUUUUGCUCUGUGAAGCUGAGCUCGGAAAUCCGCUACAAGAGCUUUUGGGCGCCUCAUAUACUGCUGGUGAGGAUGCCAAAGCCAAGGGUAUGUGGAGUACGUGGGGCAAGGGUCGUACCGGGCCAAGCCAGUGGAAGGACGCAAAAUGCGUGCACCAGUCGUUGGCUGGAGUCAUGAUGCCCGACGUCUCGAUCAAGCCGGGUGACGCUGGCGUGUAUGGGGCAUCGCUAUACUACAACGAGUAUAUCUGCUACGACGUCGCGCAAGUACGCCUUCGCUACCUCUUGCGCGUUCGUAUGUGAACCUUGCGGCCGUGGACAUCGCCCCGGCAAGGAUGCUACAUUCCAUCAAUGUAGCGAGAGACUGUGUAUGGUCUCGCACUGGCGUUUCCGGAAUGGAUAUUUGCUCCACCAGGGAGACGGAGGUGGUUAGCAAAAAGCGUUAUGCAUCAGCAUGUUCUCUAGCAUAGCAAAUGGAGUCUCCAUUUCCCCAUAAUCAACGGCUUCAGACUUCGCAGGCUAGGGCAACCACCUGCCGGGUGUCUCAACGAUGCUCUGGAACAUCAAUGUUUCUACGGAUCCAGACUAUGCUCAUCCAUGGCAGGAGACACACGGUCG